CACUACCCCCGCCUCGGCGGCUAUAUUUGGUAUUGUAGCCUCAUCUUUGCAGGUCGUGCGAGGAUUCUCGGUGCUCCGCACGCUUAGAAGUUGAAAAACUUCGAUAAUACACAUCGGAAUAGUAUACGGACGAGUGCGUGAAUCUGAGUACUGCCUUUAUUUUUACCUGUCGUAUUUUCAUGAUUUUCAUUUUUACCCGUUUACGUUUUACUUUUGAUUUGCCUUAGCUAGUGCGUCGAGCUGCACUUUGCACUCUGAUUUUCAUAUUUCAUUUCGUUUUGUUUUUCAGUUUUCUACGUUUCUAUUCAAAUCACAACUGGUGCUCGACGAUAUUCUACUUUUUUACAACGGUUCUGGGUCAGAAUGCCAGCAGCGCCUGCAGCUGCUGCAGAUGAGCAGCAGCAAAAUGUUCCGCGUGCUACCGACCGUGGACGCACGCUCCUGUCUCCAGAGGAUUCCUCCUUGCCAGCCGCUGACGAUCCGGGCGGGGCAGCGGGGCACGUGCAGCACCAGCAUCAUCGUGCAGCUACACCGAAAACACGUUCUCAUCCUCCUGUACAAAUCUUCAAAGACGAAUCGCACGUCUCUGUUGUGAGAGAUGAGCCGGUGGAUGAUUACCUUCAUCAUGCAAAGCCGAAGAAUUGUACUGUGGUCGCGGCUUGUUCUACGCAUAAAGAUGAUGCACGAGAUAAAGCUGGCGACGAGAAGGAGAAGAUGACACCUGCUCUCAUUCAUGCGACGGCCGUCUUGUUUUUCGUCAGCUUUGUGGAACUCUUCGGAUACAACGUGAUCAGCAACAUUAAUCCGUUUCUGAACAUGCCGGACGUAAGCUAUUUUUAUUUGUGGCUCCGUUUUAUGAAAGAAGCUUGACAGCAAGCAUGGUCAAAUUUGUGUUCUGCUGCGGCCCGAAACUACACAAGAAUCAUUCUCAUUGAUAAGUGAGAAUGUUUGUGUACGUUUUUUGUGCUAUGACUAUCGCAAACCUACAUCUACUUCAUCACAGAUGCUCGGCACCGACUGGGGCUACAUUUCUGGUUUUCCUUACGGCGCCAGUAACGUUGUUUUUGCCCUUCUCUACGCCUACAUCACGGAAAAGCGGAAAUUUCAGCCGGUUGUGGAGGUGACUUCGCCGAGUCAAGAGCACCGAGAGGACUCGUUGGAUCCUCGUUCUACUACAUCAAGUCGGGAUACGAACUUUUAUUCCGAGUUGGAAAAGGGUCAUUUAGGUGGACGAGGCGAAGCUGGUUCCAAAACCAUGACAAAAAUCCUGUGGACCCGCAACCAGUUCUUUGCAGCGUUCACUUUCCCGGUCCGCUGGGCAAUUGCUUGUGGGUUCAACUUCCUGGUCUAUUUCCCGCUUCUGAUUCUGGCAGUGGCCUACAAGUCGCGGGCGCUCGCACUGACCGCGAAAGCGGUACUCGGCAUCGGAAAUUCCUGGCUGCAGAGCUCCGGUGCUGGUAUAACCAUAAAGGCAGAGGUUAUGUUUGCAGUUGAAUUCGAGGCAAGAGGAUUCAUAUCGCAAUCCUAGCUAGAGUGGGUCGUAAGUAGACACAUCAUGGCUUGUUCAACUUCAACAAGUCAUGCGAGAAACACGAAACCGCUGCAUAAAAAAACGAGAGCAGCGAAUUAAAAAUUUGCCAUAAAUCCUGCGUCCGUUUUCAAAACCAGGUUUGUGUACGAGUCUUCAUAGCCGCCGCGUGAUGACGUUCUGGUCCCUUGGUAAUGCGUUGGCGGGCAUUCCGCCGUUGGUCUUCAAUUUGGUCUACAACCUCGCAUUGGGUCACAAGGGGUACACCAGCGAGCUCGUCUACAUUCUGCUCUCGAUUGCGGCUUUUGUAAUCAUUUUGGCCUACUUCGUGCUGAGUUGCGCCGUGAGAAAAAACGUGCUGUUAGCGAAACAGGUCGAACUAGAGAACCUGAAUCCGGACGAGGCAGAACUGCGUGAACAAUUGGAACAAAUUGAAGAUGCGGAGAGUCCGUUCCCGUCCAGCACUAGUGCCGGAAUUUUUAUACCGACUACGGAACAACCGAAGAAGGCGAUGAAGUGCGGGGACAGUGCGCACGCCGUAAGUCGAACUACAGGCGCCACCGGAACUACACCUCGAGAUGUCGAGUCGCAGCCGCUAGUACAUCAAACAAGCCCUGCUGCCAAGAAGUUUUUCUCACGCGGAGAGCAGAACUGCGAGAACAGGACAAGCCUACUUGGGGAACAACACGACCAGGAAGACCACGACGAUAUCCAUUCCGUCGAAACUCGUUCGACUUCUACCAUCCAGCCACGCACCAUCUGGGCCGUGUACGCCGAUGAUUGGCCGAUGUUUACGGGUAUGUUCUUCGUCUUUUUCACGACUUUCGCGAUUCAUCCGGCGCUCCCACUGAAAUUCAAAGCCGACGUGAAACCCGAUGACAGUACCGAUCCCGCAGACCACCGCCUCUGCAAGUCCAACUUUUUGUUACUUGUCAUUGGUUGCUUCAGCGUGGGGGACUUGUCGGGCCGGUAUUUACCGUGGCUGUGGAAACCGAAGCGGGGGUGGUUUUUACCGCUCGUUGGGAUGAAAUGCUGUUUGGUUACUUUGCUCUGCUUUUUGACUUGUCUCUACGAAUUCAAUCUCGCGGUGCCCUUCCUAGUGAACAUCUUCCAGGGCAUGUUCCACGCGUACCUGGCCACCUGGGCCUUUAUGGAAGCGGGCAGUACGAUUACCCAUCCGGCGGAACGCGCACAGAUCGGUCCGAUUUUGAGCACCAAUUUGCUAAUCGGGAUUUUCCUGGGAAGCUUGUUUUCCGCGUUCGCAUUGAAGCCUAUCAACGUGGCGCUGGGCAUCGACCACUGACGAGUCGUGGUGUGCAGCAGGGAAGAACGCAGCAGGCGUGUGAAGACGUGUUGAAACCAAAGCACUCCGCUAGUUAUACUUGCAUAAAGUACAACGGAAACAGCAUGAACAUGAGCAAACAAACGCAGUUUGUGGUGCGUAGCGCGGGAAAUAAAUAUGAAACAAACGUGAAAAAAAUGUAUCGACCAUCAGUAGUACCAGUAGUGAAAAGAUGACCUCUCACAUAUACAAACAUAUGAAAUUUAAAGAUUCUUCUACUAUAUGAACCUCACUGCAGCUUUUGUUUCUCUUCGCCGAUAAGAAGUAGUGCGCUCCGCCUUCUAUAGUGUGCGAUCCAACAAAAAAUGCAAAGACGAGGUAAAGUAUCGGAGAAAGUUUAUCGGUUUCCUAACGCAUAAUUAUUGAAGUUAAACUACUUGAUGUUCGAGGUCACUUUAGAAUUUUGAUGUUGAUGAUUGAAGAUGAUGUAACAGUGAUAAGUGAGCUCGCCGCCCUGUCGCGGUACCUAGUCCUAGUCUGCUGCAGCUAU